GGCGUUCAUGCCAAAACCUUUCCACAAAUCAAUAAUUACAAAAGAUGGCGCACAAAUUUGAGGGGUCAAAUCGAUUAAGUGAAUUCUCUGGUUGUCGUUAUACCUUGGGACCUUAUUUCAAAAUCGCAUCAAACCCUGUCGGCCAAAACACCAACCCAAUUUUCCUCCAAUUUUUCUUCCACACCAGCAACCACUCAAUGUUAACACAUGUUUUAUCCAACAACUUAAAUUGAGUCACUAAAAUCGGUUGAAUUAAACCUAUCUGUGACUCAAAUAUAUGUUGAAACUCAGUGCAUGUAAGUACUCGUUAAAAUUCAAUUUUCCUCGUACGUUGAUGUCUCUCACUUAUAAUUCAAGAGUUCAGUUCUUUAUAAAAUUUUCAGACCAUUCUACCUACCAAAUUACUCAAAAUCUGCAGAACAACACGGUAGCAGAAGAAUAAACAUGCCUUCCCGUUUGCCACAAGAAGCUUAUUAUUCUUUUGGUUGUUACGACGUGGUAAUAGUAUUAGGUGCCUUGUCAUGUCUGCUUUAUCAAAUUAUCAAGUCAGGGAACUGCUCAAAUCACGAUAUAUCAACGGCUGAAAUUCCUCCAGGCAGCCGAGGAUUACCAUUCAUUGGAGAAACCCUAAAGUUCAUGGCUUCCAUUAACAGUGGCAAAGGGUUUUACGAGUUUGUCCGUCUUCGCCGUCUCCGGCAUGGAAAUUGCUUUAGGACCAACAUAUUCGGAGAGACGCAUGUUUUCGUUUCGAGCACGGACUCAGCAAAGGCAGUCUUAAACAAUGACUUGGGGAGAUUCAGCAAGAGAUACAUGAAAACUAUUGCUGCGCUAGUGGGAAAUCAAAGCCUCCUCUGUGCUUCCCACCAACACCACAAACUAAUUCGUGGGCAACUAAGCAACUUGUUUUCUACCAAUUCUUUAUCAGUUUUUAUCAAACAGUUUGAUGAACUCAUUGUUGAUGCUAUGAGAGGGUGGGAGCAUAGAAGCUGUGUGGUCAUACAAGACGAAGCAGUCAAGAUAACCUGCAAAGCUAUGUGCAAGAUGUUGAUAAGCGUGGAAAGCGGAUACGAACUAGAGGUGUUGCAAAAGGAGGUGGCUCAUGUUUGUGAAGCAAUGUUAGCAUUCCCGUUGAGGCUACCUAGGACUAGGUUUUACAAAGGACUUCAGGCUAGAAAGAAAAUCAUGGGAAUAAUUGGGGAUGCAAUGAGUGAAAGGAGAAAAGGGUUAGAAGUUAAGAGUGAAGAUCUUUUACAGCGGCUUUUGACAGAGGAUGAAAAAGCAUGUGGUGAAACAGGCACUACUGCCCGGCAGCUAACAGAUGAAGAGAUAAAAGACAAUAUAUUAACCAUGAUCAUUGCAGGUCAGGAUACAACAGCCAGUGCAAUGACAUGGAUGAUCAAAUUCUUAGACGAGAACCCAGAAGUGCUUCCCACUCUUAUGAAAGAACAACUUGACUUGGCGAGAAAAACUUCUUCAAAGUCAUUUCUAACACUGGAGAGCAUUAACGACAUGCCGUAUGCUGCUAAGGUGGCAAAAGAAUCCCUAAGGUUGGCUUCUGUCGUGCCAUGGUUUCCAAGACUAGCUCUCGAGGACUGCGAGAUGGAAGGAUUUAAGAUCAAGAGAGGGUGGAAUGUGAACGUUGAUGCUAAAUCAGUACACCUUGAUCCUACGGUCUACACUGAUCCCAACAAGUUCAAUCCGUCUAGGUUUGACGAUGAGUCAAAAGUACCAUACAGCUUCUUAGCUUUUGGGAUGGGAGGGAGGACAUGCCUGGGGAUGAACAUGGCCAAGGCCAUGAUGCUGGUCUUUCUCCACCGCCUCACCACUACUUACAGGUGGAAGGUGAUUGACGCAGACUCCAGUAUUGAAAAAUGGGGGCUCUUCUCAAAAUUAAAAAGUGGUUGUCCGGUAACCGUGACCUGUAUCGCUGAGAAUUAUACCCCCAGAUAUCAGCAAUAAGAUGCCUAGCUGAUUCCAUGUCGAUUAAAAUCUCAAGGUCCAGACUUUUUCUGCUUGUUGAAUGUUGGGUAGUUAGCUUAACACUGUAUUUAAAAUUACCAUUAGGAACAUAUUCAGCUUUAAUGUAUAAGAAUAUUCAAGAUGAAGGCAUCGUUUCAAUAUC